AUGUUUGAAAUUAAAUGUUAAUAUGCAGAACAUAAUGAAUAAUAAUGUCUUUUUAUUUGCGUUGAUCCUGCUUGCACUUCAAAAAAAAGAAUUGCUUGUUUUCAGUGUUUUCAAGAUUAAAAAUAUCAUUUAAAUCAUCAAGGAUUAACAAUUGAAGAGUUUUAAUAAAAAGUGAAUUUUAGAUUAUAAAACCUUAAAAAAUUACAAACUUUUUUAAGGUAAUUUAAAGAAAAAUUAAAUUUUAUUAUAUCAUAAUGGGAAGAAGAUAUUAAGAAACUUAUAUUUAAAGGGAAUGAGUAUUUGAAAACUGAAUAUAACACUAUAUUCGUUAAAAUUGAUGAUUAUUAUAGAUAUGAAUCAGAUUAAACUGUUCCAUUUCUUAAAUUUCAACUAGAAAAAAUGCAAAAAAAGAUUGAUAAAAUUAAAAAAUAUAUUAAUAAUUUCAAAUACUAUGAUAAAAAUUUAUUAGCUAAAGAUAUAAAUGAAAUCAAGGCAAAGGCAAUGAAUAUGAUUAUAAAAAAAGAUGGUAGUUAUGAGGAUGCCAUUUAAUAAUUAAAUAAAGGAUUAAAAAUAGAUCCAGUUAAUUGCAGUUUAAUUUCUCUCAAAGUAUUUCAUUUUAUAAUUUUAGAGUACAUGUCUUAUAAAUAUAAAUUAGAUUGAGAAGGCUAAAAUAUUAAUUAAUUAUGCUUUUGAUAUUAAUUAGAAUGAUGAAACAGUUCUAUUAUUAAAAUCUAAACUCAUGUUGAAAGAAAAAUAAUAUAAUGAAUGCUUAAAGUAUUAUGAAUUGAGCAUAGAACCUAAUAAAUAUUUAGCAUUUUAAAAAUGUAUUUUCUUAUUACAUAUUUAGUGGAUUCAUUAUAAAAAUUGAAUUAUCAUUAAGAGUACUAAAAAUUCAAAUAAGAUUGUGAAAAUUUGUUUGGAAAUAACUUUAAUAAAGAAUAUGAGGAUCAUUAAAAAAUGUAGACUUAUGAUUGA